UUCUUUUGCUUGUCUGAUGUUCUGUUUCUUUCCUUUUGAAAUUUAAUUCAAAAUUUAAAUACUUGCUCUUUUAUUGCCAUAAAAACCCUAACUUAUAUUCAAACUGAAAUAAAACUGUUUUUUGCUCUUGAUUUUGCUGUUUGAAAUGAAGAAUCCAGUGAUCCAGUCAAAGUGGAAUGAUAAUUGAGAAAUGGAUUUAGACUUUUCAUUUGCUCUUGUCAGCUCAUUAACGCCUAGAAGAAAAGCUGAGAAGUCAAGCCCUACAGAAGUUUCGAAGAACACCAGAUCAUUGAAAACUAAAGUGAAAGGCAAAAAACCUGAGGGAAUUUCUCAUCAGAGAAGAGAAGAAAAAGAAAAUCUACUGCCUAAAGAGCAACCAAUGAAGAAAGAUGAAUUUCUUAAACCUGCCGUAAACAAAAGGAAUACAAAGUCAUCAAGUUUCAAUGGCCGUGAAAGUAAUGACACCUCUGGAAGUUUUUCAAUCAACAUGCAAAACAUUGCUGUUAGAAGAACACGAUCCAAGGGAACAAAGAGAAGUGAAAUAAGUCCCCUUCAAUCUUGUUCUAAUGUGUUAGAAACAUGCGACGUAAAUUUUGGUAGAGGAAAUCUACCAAAUCAAAGACUGACUCGGUAUAGCUCUGAUGUAAUAAAUAUUUCAUCGGAUAUUGAUGAAGAUUUCCCUAAAACUCCUCAGAGAGAGAGUAAAAAUGAUCAAUGUCAAUCUGGUGACAAAAGGAAUAGUAGUUACUCCUUGCGAAGUUCCUUGGAUGUUGUGGAAUGUUCUUUUUCUGAAGCUGUGGGAAGUGUGUUAGACAGCUGUCCUCGUUUGAGAUCUCUCUCAGCAAAGAGGACUAAAGUAAAAACUCAACCGACCAGGACAAGUGGAGUUAGUGAAACGUCUCUGUCCACGGCCUACGAUAGCGAUUCGUUCCAAGCGAUACGUAGACACGGAACCAGAGUGAUUUUGGAAACCCCGGAUACGGAUCAAAGUUCUACAGAGAUUUUAGAUAGACGGAAAGAUUCGCUUUUGAGUGUAACCUCAGAAGGUGACAAAAUGUACAGGUUAAGAAAUAGUGUGAGUGUAAGUCCAAAGAAGAAUACAAAAAGAAAGUCUUCAGAACUGAAUGACAGUGCUGAUGAAAAUGUAAAGAAAUACAGUGAGAAUUUAGGCCUGAAUGCGAGACAGACAAGAAAUUCAUCUUCAAGCUAUGUGUCACAGAAGAAAUCAGGAAUAGAUGAAGAUGAAGUUGAAGUAAUAAAUUCUACAAAUUACUAUCAUAAUAAAGAAUCGUCUAGUUUAUUAAAGAAAAAUAACGUAGAAUCCAGGAGGAAUAAGAAAUUGCGUUCAAGCAAUGAUUCCACAGGUUUGGACAUGUUUAAAUUAGAGUCGACAAUAAAAGAUCAGUCUCCUACCAAUAAAGUUAAAAAUGAAACCACAAAGGAAAAAUCCGGAUCAACCCGGUCAAAGAAAGAUCAGACCAAUAACGAUGUGAAAGUUUCAAAAGGAAAGAACACAAAUGUACCAAAUUUCAAAAGACCUGAUCCUCCUAUGAUUGUUGAAAGCCAAGAAAUAGCGGAUAAGAAAAAAUCGACUAAACAGAAAGCAGAGGAAAGUAAAAGUGUCCAAAAAGCUAAAAAUCGUCAUUCUCCUACUAGCCCUAAAAUGCCUUUAGUCCUUCCUUCUGAAAUCAUUCAAAAAUUUGAGCAUAUCAAUAAAUGGCUCAAAGAUACCCAGGAUAAGACUGUUAGUUCAACGAUAGAUCCUGUAACAGCGGAAGUCAUAUCUUUGAAAGAUAUAAUGCCAGUUAAAAAUAAGUACAAAGUAUCAUUGAGUCCAAGGAUAAAGAAGAAAAAGGACAAAGCGAAGACUUCAUUAGAAGAGGAGCAAAAACUUUUCGAACAGCUCUACGGUGCUGACUAUGACAAAAAGUUAAGUGAUAAUGUUGACGAGGACGAGAGUAGUUGUCAAGAUUCCGUAGAGUUCUCGGAAAACAUCUUGGAGAAGUUGUAUGGAACUGUUUGGCCGAAAGACACUGCGAUUACUCAAAGCGAGCCGAAAAAAGGGAGGAGGAAGAAGACUGUAAAAAAUAAAACACCGCUCACUGAAAGGAAGAAACACAGAACGUCUAUUUACGAAGUAUUCUCUUCUUCUUCAAGUGAAGAUCGUUUUGAGGAAUUCCUGGAAAACGUACAGAGAGGCAAGGUUGAGUCGACAAAACAUCGUGUUGGCAGACCUGGAACUCCAGAUUUCAUCAACGACUCCGACUCGGAAGAUAAUGCAAGCCUCGUCUUUUAUCAAAACAUCGUCUCAAGCGCAGUCAAAGAUGACGUCAAUAGUCUCAAGAAAAAUCUUAUCAAGCCAAGUGAAGAUAAACAUAAAGUGAACAGAAGACGAUUAUCCUUCGGAAGCAGCAAAGACGACGGCUGCUCUGAGAGUGGCAAAUCCGACACAAAACCGACAAAGGUGAAAAAACCACAAGAUACAAGUAAACCGAAAAAAACUAGGUCGAAGAAGAAAAAUAAAUACAUUGAAGAAAAAGGCGAUGGCGACAUGGAGGUUUUUUCGCUUGUUACUCCGAUAAAAAUCAAAGGGAAAAAGACUGACAAUGGUUUUAGUGAAAAAUCAACGAAUCCAAACGAGUUGCCUAGAAGUGUAGGCAAAACAAGAACUCCUAAGAGUCAAAAAACGAAAGAACCAAGUUCGGAGGAAAGAUUAAAAGCGAAAUACAUGGAUUUGGACUUCAAAGCGCCUAAAGCUGUUUCGACGUUUAAAACUCCAAGUAAAUCCGUUAGGCCGGAAGUUCCUGCUUCACCUGCUUUGUCUUUCCUAAGUUCACUUUCUGAGAUGACUGCAGGCCUACCAUGCCACCCUGACGCCUUAGUGUACAAGAAAAAUUUCAAAACCAAGAGAGAAGAAUUGACCAAGAGGCUAUUUACCUUGUAUAACAAAGAAGUAUUUGACCAACAGCUACCGUCGGAUUUGCUGAUACAGUGGAACUCUCGAAUGACCAGUACCAGUGGUUACUGUUACAACAAGAGGAUCUACCGCGGCAACGAGAUCUUACGAUCUUCUAGAAUAGUACUGUCAAUAAAGAUCCUGGACAGAGCGGACCGACUGCGAGACACGCUAAUACACGAGUUGUGUCACGCGGCCACGUGGAUCAUCAACGCUACGUCGGACGGCCAUGGACCCAUCUGGAGGUCAUGGGCUGACAAGGCCAAUCGAAGGUUCCCGGAGCUGCCUGUAAUCAAGCGUUGCCACGACUACGCCAUCUCCACCAAGUUUACGUACAAGUGCAUGUCUUGCGGAUACAGCAUCGGCCGACACUCGAAAUCCCUCGACACUGAGCGUAAACGUUGCGGCUUCUGUUACGGCAAGUUCCAGGUGUUUGUCACUGCCAAGAUGGCGACCGACAGCGUCACAAGUGGGUCGGACUCUGUCAAAACUCCUCGAAACCCGACCGGGUUCGCGUUGUUCGUAAAAGAAAACUACGCCAUCGUAAAGAAAGAGAACAACGUCCCGCACGCUCAGGUUAUGAAGCUACUCAGUCAAAAGUUUGCUGAGGUUAAAAUAUCGAAACAGAACACAGACGAACCUAUUUUAUUAGAUUAAUUGGUGUGUAAGUUUAAAAUUUGACUUACUUUAGCCGUAAAGUAUUUGUAAUACCAGUAUAUAUACUAUGUCACUGAUGCAUUCUGUAAAUGACCGUUGCGGUGAAGCAUCACUUAUUGCAUAAUGUAUAUAAACAUAUUUAGAAUGUAGCCUACUAUUUUAUUGAGUUUUGCGUUUUUUACAUGCUUUUAUAUUUGUGAUAAAGGAAGCUUUAGUUCUUCCUCAGCAUUCGGUGUUGAGCAUUUCUUGGAGUUUUGCAUUUAAUAAGUCAAAGUGAGAGUUUUUAGCAUCGUCUUUAUACAAAACUGAUGAAACAUUUUACCACUACACUUAUCUGAUAGAUUUUUUUACUAAAACUUUUAUUCUUUUAGUAAAAACUGUAAUAUUUUAUUUUACAGCUCAGCAUGUUUUUAAUUUUUUUCAACUAAUAAAUAUAGAAACACAAUAAUUGAACAAAUUUUAAAUAUUGCAAGUAGUUUCAGCAGAAAAGUGGUACAAUAUAUUGCUUGUAUUUUUUAUUCACCGCUUUUUUGUUAAAACUACUUCUAGUGCCUUAAAAAUAUUUGUCCUUUUUUCAAUUCGGUACCUUAGUCAAUUUGAAUAUGCUAGUCUUAUAAAACUCAGCGUUAUAGUUUCAUCAUGUCAAUAGUAGGUAUAAAUUUUAGAAAUUUUUAUUCAUCGCUUCCGCUUGUCUUAUAUAGUUUUAGCAUGGAGUUAAGAAAUGCACUUUUGAUAGAACAUGUAAUGUUUAAAAACCACAAUGAAAAGUGACAGUUAGGCUAGGUUAUGAUAAGUUUUUUACCAUAUUUGAAAUGGAAUAUUAUAUUAUAACCUAGUCUACCUGCCACAAUAUUUCUGAAUUUAAAAAAACCUUUGCUUUGAAAAUGUAGCUUUUCCUUGUUAAACGUAAAAGAAGUCUUUUCUGCAUAAAAUUUGCUUCCCAAAAAUCUGUAUUUUGUUACGUUUAGGUAAAACAGUUUAUUGCAAUAGCAAAAAGUUGAAAAAUAAAUGUUCAGUUAAGAUUGAAGGUUUCUCAGGAAAUAGUAUAUUACGUUACUAGUCCUGAAAAUGGGUGUUUACCGUACGAGUGUGUGCGGUAUUACCAUACGAAUCCAGUAAACACCUUUUGGACGAGUGGCGUACGAUAUUUUAUGCCAUGCUAUUUACUCUAAGCUAACGUAAUGAUAAAAAAACUGUACGAAUCUUUAUAUUCUUACCGACUAAAGGACUAACAAUCACUACUUAUAUUAGAGGUUAUGUUUUUCUUUUUUAUCACUCAUUUUCAAAAUAUAAUCAGCUGAUUGGUGUCCGGUAAAACUCAUUACAGUACAGUGGUACGUAAUGAAACCCCAUUUGAUUAAGCUGGCGGCAAACAGCUGUUUUCUGGACUAAAUCCUUACGUGGGAAGUCUGUUAAAAAAGUGUAGUGUGGUGUAAAAAUUUUUAUGUAAAAUUGCUUGUAAAAGUACUCUUCACAUAACAAAAUUGUUUGAAUACAAAGUUUUGUUUCAUUUUACAAUAUUUAUUAAAAGCAUUUAGAUCUCAUGUUAUUUGUUAUGUAUUAAAGUUAGUUAUUUUAAGAUUAUUUUAUAUUUAGCUCAUGACUGUAUAUUUAAUGCACUUUAUGUAGAUAUCUUUUUAUUAGAAAUAUACAUGACGGAUGAAUUUUUAUUGAAAAAAUAUGUUUCGAGAAAACUUAUAUUUGCUCACCAUGAAUGAAUAAAUGAAAAUACUUUUUGUUGUAACUAAAGAAGUUUGUAGAGGUAUACACCGAUAAAACAUAAUCAGUCAAUGAAUUUUUGAAAAGAAUAGAAUUAACUUAUUUUUCUAUGAACUACCUUAUCCUGCCUUUAUCCUAACUAUAAGUUGAAUGUUGAAACUAAACUUCAGCCUUAUUCCAAAUAUGAAUGUUUUUUUACUCUGAAUCACCUAGGACAACUACUUAAAGUGUAAAUAAAAGGAUAUUCAAAUAAAAUAUAUUUUUAUAAA